ACUCCCGACUCGAGACUCCCCCAAAGCCCGACCGCCGGCCUGGCGCGCGGCUGCGCCCACCGGCUCCGCGCCGCCACCGCAGCCGCCGCCUCGCCGCGCCCCCCGCCCCGGCCAGUGCCCGGGCGGGCCUGCCUCGGCCCCGCGGCCCGGGCGGCCGGCGGUGGAUGGAGGGCGCCGCGCGCCCUGCCCGCUGCUCGGCGUGACGCGGGCCCCGCGCCCCGCGCCCACCAUGUCCUACCCGCAGGGCUACCUGUACCAAGCGCCCGGCUCGCUGGCGCUCUACUCGUGCCCCGCGUACGGCGCGUCCGCGCUGGCCGCGCCGCGCAGCGAGGAGCUGGCGCGCUCGGCGUCCGGCUCGGCUUUCAGCCCGUACCCGGGCUCGGCGGCCUUCACGGCGCAGGCGGCCACCGGCUUCGGCAGCCCGCUGCAGUACUCGGCCGACGCGGCGGCGGCCGCCGGCUUCCCGUCCUACAUGGGCGCCCCGUACGACGCACACACGACCGGGAUGACCGGCGCCAUCAGCUACCAUCCAUACGGCAGCGCGGCCUACCCCUAUCAGCUCAACGACCCCGCGUACCGCAAGAACGCCACGCGCGAUGCCACGGCCACUCUCAAGGCCUGGCUCAACGAGCACCGCAAGAACCCGUACCCGACCAAGGGCGAGAAGAUCAUGCUGGCCAUCAUCACCAAGAUGACCCUCACGCAGGUCUCCACCUGGUUCGCCAACGCGCGCCGGCGCCUCAAGAAGGAGAACAAGAUGACGUGGGCCCCGCGCAACAAAAGCGAGGAUGAGGAUGAGGACGAGGGCGAUGGUGCCAGGGGGAAGGCCGAGAGUUCCGACAAGGCGCAGGAGGGCACCGAGACCUCCGCGGAGGACGAAGGGAUCAGCCUGCACGUGGAUUCGCUCACGGAUCACUCAUGCUCGGCCGAGUCGGACGGGGAGAAGUUGCCGGGCCGCACUGCAGACCCCCUGUGCGAGUCGGGCUCCGAGUGCAAGGACAAGUACGACGACCUGGAGGACGAGGACGAAGAGGAGGAGGAAGAGGAGGAGGGCGCGCGGGACCUGGCGCCGCCCAAGCCUGCGACCUCGUCGCCGCUCACCGGCGUGGAGGCGCCGCUGCUGAGCCCCCCGCCCGAGGCCGCACCCCGCGGUGGGGGUGGAGGCGGCAAGACGGCCCUGGGCAGCCGGACGUCGCCUAGCGCGCAGCCCCCGAGCAGCAAGCCCAAGCUGUGGUCGCUAGCCGAGAUCGCCACGUCGGACCUCAGGCAGCCGAGCCUGGGCGCCGGCAGUGGGUCCUCGGGAACCUCAACGGCCGCCGUGCCCGCCCCGGCCGGAGGACCGCCCGGUGGCUCGCCCUACCCGGCCUCGUCGCUGCUCGGCCGCCACCUCUAUUACACUUCACCCUUCUACGGCAACUACACAAACUACGGGAACUUGAACGCGGCGCUGCAGGGCCAAGGGCUGCUGCGCUACAACUCGGCGGUCGCUGCCUCCGGAGAGGCGCUGCACGCCGCCCCCAAGGCGGCCAGCGACGCGGGCAAGGCGGCCGCGCACCCGCUGGAGCCGCACUACCGCGCCCCGGGAGGCGGCGGCUACGAGCCCAAGAAAGAUGCGAGCGAGGCCUGCGCGGUGGUUGGCGGAGGCGUCCAGCCCUACCUAUAGAAGGGCCGCACAGCAACGCACGCAGGUGUCACAAUUGCUUUGGAAACAAUACUAAUAAAAAGUCAGCAGACUGGUUUCUGUCCCCAAGUUCCUAAGCUGCACCCCUCACUCCUCUAGACCUGGACAAUCUUGCGCCAGCGUGAGCCGGAGCCGGCUCUCCGCCGCAGAGCGUGGCCCGAGGACUCCUGUCGGACAUACCUGAGUGUGUCAGCAUAGUAUAGCUUCCAGAUGUAUGUGUGACUUUUGCAAACUUCCCUGUUUUUUCUCAGGAUCUCUUGAAUCACUCACUUCAUCGCCAUGGUAUAUAUAAAUAUCUGUAUAUCUCCUCUAGGUGUGAUGGAUUUCUGUAAAGUUUAUUUGUAAAAGAUGUACACAGUAGAGAUACAGCGUGAUUGAAGAACUUGAGUACUUCCCAAGUGGAAACAAAUUUGAUAUUUAUUUUUAUAAUGAUAUAAAAAGCUUCUAGUAAUUUAUGCAAGUUGUAUUGCAAUGGAAUCUAAACUCUUUUUGUAAAUAAAUCCUGCCUGGUUUUUAUUUGAACGUUGCUGGUUAUACAAUCUUUGUUGGUUGUUUAACACGGAUUCUUUACUAAUUUAUAUCUGAACUUGUAAAUAAAAGCAGCCUAGUCUACAAU